AUUUUAAAUGAUUAAUUUUCACUUUUAAUAUCAUAUUUUGACCUUCUACACUCCCAAAUUUGAAUUUAAUUCAUAUUUUUAACUUUUUAAGGGGGUUUCAAAACACUGCAUAGUGACGGAGAUCGGCAAUGACAAACACCGCAGAGGUAGACACGUGGUAGAAGCCUAGAGUAGAAGCUGUAGGAGAAAACGCACAGCCAAUCGUGGUGGAGGCCACCUGGUGAUGUCAGAAUAUGCAGAUUAGAUGACUGAAUUUACUCGCAUCACAAAGUUGUUGUUUUUUUUUGUUUUUUUUGGGGGGGGGGUCACCAAACAUGUGUUCAGAACUUCUUUGCUACAGUUUGUGAAUGAUGCCCAGUUCAUAAAACACAAAACAACCGAGCAGAACAUGUAAACAUUCACAGUGCACGUCUCGUCUUCACUUGUCCACUGAGCAUCGUAUCUGUGCCUGAAUGCUGGUUUAAUGAAUCUGACCAAUAACUUUUAGAAUAAGAAACAGAAAUCCUUCAAAAAUCCUCCUGGGGAAAUUCAGUAAAUUAUUCCUAAUAAUAUUCUCUCAGUCUUCUGAUACAGUUUGGCUGCAAAGAAAAGGAACUGCCAGUCGUGCCUCUUGAUAACCAGUCAUCACGAGACUUUUCAGGGGAAAUGAGAAAAAUGAAGAUUCCCUGUGGUACAUAAACAUGAAGUAAAAGAGAAAGUGGAAGAUUUAUAAAUACAAAUUGAUGUUGUGUACAAUCCAGGACAGCUGACUUAAAGGUUUUUAUAAUCUUCUAAGAAAAGGAGUAUGCAAUGUAACAGGUUAUGUUUUUAUUAUAAGCUGAGCAGUUUUGACACACUGUUAACUGUAGUUAACUGACUGCCCCACCUAUUUUCAGUCACUUUCACUUCCUCUGUCACUUCAUGACGGAAAGAGGGCAGGGGGAUGUCAGGUAGAGAUAUGUUGCACUGCAUAACAAGCCCUCUAUGUAUAAAGAGAGGAACAUCUUUCGGAAACUAUUUAACAGGAUUAUGUUGAUGGGACAUCUAUGAAUACUCAGCUAGUCUUCAUCUGACACCGUGAGUAUUACAAAUCAUGGUUCUUAGAUGAAUUUUAUGCUAAUUUUGGUCUUCUUGACCAUGGGCUCAUGUUAAAAAUGGCUAGAGUGAGUGUUAUCUGUUUAUAGACUGAUAUAUUAAACCUAAAUAUCAUCAAUUUCAACCAUAACUAAUUUGUGGAUAUUUGUUGAGUUAUUUUCUUUUAUUGGAUUUCAGGACGAUCCUCGACAGAUUCAUUACCAAGUGGACUGUUGAAUGAGAAAUUGCUAUUUCUUGCUUACAAUCAGUCCUGAAAUCAAAGAAGAUAAAAUAAUGAAGCUACCAUCUUGUGAGCUUUAUAUUAUCUUCUACUUGAUGAAUUUCAUCAGUCUUGUUCUGCCGGUUGCAGGGUUCGCACUGAGAGAUCAGUGUAAAAUCAGUAACAAUAGCUUCAGCUGCCACCCUCUCAAGAGUGGACUCAGAGCUGUUCCUAAGGAUAUUCCCCCAACAGUGAAGAGUAUUGACUUGUCUGCAAACAAAAUUUCGAAAAUACAAUCCACAGAUUUUAAAAAUCUAUCUCUUGUGACAGAGUUAAGCCUAAAAGACAACAACAUUUCACAAAUAGAAACCGGUGCCUUUGCUCAUCUUAUUUCCCUGACUCAGUUAAGUCUGAGUAACAACAGACUUGUUAAACUUGGCGAUGAUCUUUUUGCUGGUUUGAGCAAUCUCAAAGAGCUCAGAAUAACAAGCAAUCAAAUUGAGAAAGUGGCGCCCACCUCUUUUAAAUCCUUGACAAGCUUGACUCUUAUGGACAUCUCUCACAACAAACUCCACAGCAGUACAAAAGUUCAGUCUAUACUGCAACAACUACCGAAUCUACAAAAGCUUAUCAUCACAAACAAUGACUUAACCCAUUUUCAAUCAUGGGAACUGAGCAACAGCUCACUACAGCUUACUUCACUUGAUGUUUCCCAGAACCGCAUAGCGGUCUUUAGGAUCACCGCAGAUAUAUUCCCAAAUCUCACCUGGUUGAACAUCGGUUCUACCAUUAACCACAAGAUGACAUGGGACAUACGUAACAAGACUUUCCUGAGACAAGUGUCUACUCUUGAUGUAAGUGGGCUUCAACUGGCUUCUGACGACUGGAAAACAUUCCUAGAAACUUUCAACUCCUCUCUGACGACUCUGAGGAUGAAUCAAAUGAAACAUAACCUGACAGAGCUCAUUGGCAUUGCCUGCACCAUCCCAACACUGAAUGAACUCCAGCUCCGACAAAACAAACUCUACUUUAUUCACUCAAAUUUGUUCAAGCUGUGCGCUAACAUAACAGAGUUAGACCUUUCAAACAAUAACAUAAAAAACAUUGACGACAGGGCUUUCUCAUCCCUGAAAGGUUUAACUUUCUUGAGUCUGGCUCAUAACAAACUUCCAUCGGUUCCAGCCGCCACAAGGAAUCUACCAACUCUUACAGAGCUCAAUCUCAGCAGAAACAACAUCAGAAAACUUGGAUGCCAUGAUUUUGCCAAUCUGACAAAGCUCAAAGAGCUUAGCCUUUAUCAGAACACCAUCCCAACUUUAACUGAGUGUGCUUUUAAGGAUAUAAUAAGACUGCAAGUUUUAAAGCUGCAAAACAGCGGCAUCUCGAGAUUAAAUGGUGCUUUCAAGAAACACUUGCCAUAUCUCAGACAACUGCAAUUGUUUGGAAAUAAGCUCACCUUCAUUAAACAUGGGGAGCUAAAAGGCCUAAAGUCCCUCCAGAACUUGUCUCUGUUUGACAAUCAAAUCACAACUCUUGAUGAGGGCUGUUUUAUUGGACUGGGAAAUCUUACUAAUUUACUGCUUCAAUCCAAUAAUAUUUAUGCAGAUAAUUUCAAACAGAGCUCCUUCACUGGUCUCAUAAAUUUAAAAAGGCUGGAUCUGAGAGACAAUCACAUAGCCUAUAAGGGCAGAUCCACUUGGCCUGAUCCGCCAUUUUCUCACCUCACUCAGCUAGAAGAACUGGCUAUUCCUGCACAACACCACAGAUUGAAGUCCCAGCUGCCACCAAAUUUCCUUAAAGGUUUGACAAAUCUUUUAAAAUUCAACGCAAGGAAUAUGCAACUCGAACACCUCGACAAAGACACGUUCAAGGACACACCUCGGCUGCAAGUACUUGACAUCAGUACCAAUGACAUAAAAAAUCUCUCUCCAGAGAUUUUUUCCCCAAUACAAAAUCUUAAAAGCCUCUACAUAUCUAGACUAGGUCUUAAGUCUCUUAAUUUCCUCGUAGACGCUAAACUUGCUAAGCUAGAGUUCCUUCAGGUAAGACACAAUACAUUUCCAGUUAUAAGAGAAGAGGAAAUCAACGCCCUCCCAGCUCUGGUGUUCUUGGAUCUCUUUGAACACAGUUUCAAAUGUGACUGCGAUAAUGCCUGGUUUCUAGAGUGGGCAGUGAACAACAACCAAACUCAGGUUUAUGAUGCCUAUAACUUUGAGUGUAACAAUCCCCAAAGCCUCAUAGGCACAAAACUGUUGGACCUUGACAUCAAGUCGUGCUCAGUGAACACUGAUUUCAUCUGCUUCAUAUCCACCACCUGUUCAACCCUCCUGCUCAUGGUGGUGUCCUUCACCUACCAUUUCCUGAGAUGGCAACUAGUAUAUGCCUACUACCUUUUCUUGGCAUAUCUCUUUGACUCCAAACGUAAAACCAAGCAAGCUCCCGACCAGUAUGAUGCCUUUGUCUCCUACAACGCCCACGAUGAGCCAUGGGUCAUCAGAGAGCUGUUACCAAAACUGGAAGGCGAGCAGGGCUGGAGGUUGUGUCUGCACCAUCGAGACUUUGAGCCAGGUAAACCCAUCAUGGAGAACAUAACAGAUGCCAUCUAUGGGAGCAGGAAGACGAUCUGUGUGAUCAGCCAAAGAUACCUGGAGAGUGAGUGGUGCUCCAGAGAAAUCACACUGGCCAGUUUCCGUCUGUUCGACGAGCAGAAAGACGUUCUGAUCCUGGUGUUUCUGGAGGAGAUUCCCACCGCUCAGCUGUCUCCUUACUACCGCAUGAGGAAGAUGCUGAAGAAGCGCACCUAUCUGAGCUGGCCACGAUCCGAGAACACUGAGCUGUUCUGGGAGAAACUCCGCCAGGCUCUGAAAACCAGAGAAGACCACAAUGAAGACCAGUUCCUCCUCACUGUGGGGGACCAGUCAUAGAGGAGGAAAUGCAACCUGUUCGGUCUUCUAGUCUUUGAAAUGAACUCAUCAACAUACUUGUAAGACUUUAAAAAGGGUUUAAUCGCUCUAUUUCAACUUUGACUCCUGACAUUUUGUUCAUAAUUUCGGGACAUUCAGCCUCAGAUGUUUUCUAUUAAAUCCUUUCUCACAUGUAUUUCAAAGCAGGAGACAUUCGGAAGAAAUAGUCAGUUUUGUUCAGAUGAAGGUGACGUACCUAGGAGUGUGCAGAAAGAAGAGAUUUCUGUAAUCGUGACUUUUUGGGGACAGUGUUUUUAAAAGAAUGUUAAAGGACAUUUCAAGGAGUCACAAAUGCCUAGCAGAAAUGCAAACACCUCUACUUUCUGUUACAUGGCACGUAUCCAAAGCAAACACAUCUUAAAAUCGAUCUUCUUCGUAAUGAUGCAUUUACCACAGCCUACAACUGUAUAAGUUCUUUGCAGAUGACUUUACACAGCAGUAGAGAAUAACCCUUGGGGGGGGGGCAAGAGGUAAUUUCUGCAAGAAACACAACCAAAUAGACCAUGUUUUAAGCUGUUCAUGACUAUGCCAAGUGUUCAAAGUGUAAAAUGAAGGCAUCCUUAAACUUAAGCUGGGUGUUCACCGUGCGAAUUCCAUCCGACUCAGCACAGAAUUUGAAGUCACAUGACUCACUUGGAAGUUAAAGCGACUUUCAGUCAAAUCGUCUUGUAUUUGUUGUACAGCGUACAGGGAUAUAACGGCCGACCUUGCCCUGACUGCAGCCAGAUCAGCAGCUCCCGACAGGUCGGAUGGAUUUCGUACAACUCCGGAUAUUCUCAACAGGGAGAGCAGAAUCCUCAGCUUUGGGGUGUUUUUUUUCUUUUGUAAGUUGUCAGACAGCAUCUUAAAUCAUCAUGACUUUCUAAUGCACCCCCAAGCAGUUACACUGUAUGAGUUGACAAUCCACCACAACUGUAAUAGAGACGCUGGAAAUCGCACAGUGUAUGCCUGGCUUUAAGCUACUUUUCUGUUACAAAAGUAGUGAAAUAUUCAGAGAAAGUUUUAAAAAUCUUACGGUACAAAAACAGCAGGCAGGAAUUUCAAAAAAGCCUCCUUAUUAAACCUGGAUGUGUAUGUAUGGUCCAUUUUCACAAAGCGGUCCGGUGAGGUUCAGUUUAGUUCUGCCAUGGUUUCAUUUAACCCUGAACUUGCUUGUGUUUCCCCAGCUGAUGUCUAGCCGGACUCACAAGUUGCGACAGGAAAUCUGUCUCUUUAAAGAGAUCCAGAUCAUUUGCCUCAGAUCAGCAGAGAUGGUUGUUUGGCUCCCAAAUGGCUUUUCAUUUGGUACCAGUUUGCCUUUUUAAUAUAAAUCAAACAGGAUGGAGAAAAGAAAGCUCAAACAUGACCUAGCUACCGUGGCUAACAUUAAAGAGCACUUUUGCAGCAUAGGCUUGUUGGUGAAUGGCACAUCUUCACACAGUUGCAACUCCACAAGGUUUAUUUGGGUUGAUAGUGCAUCACGGUUUUCAAUUAAAAGCAGGUUUGUGAUAAAGUGAGGAUUUCUUUACACAUUAAAGGGGCUCAGCUAGCCACUUAGGUCAGUACAAGACUCAAGACUCAAGACUCUUGUCUCCCCUCAUCUGGAUCAAGGUUAUAAUAGUUUUAGAUUUUUCAUUAGUUUCUAUUUUUG